GGGUGGUUCCUUGACAUUCCGGUGCUUGGUUAUGUCCUUUUAAUUUGCUGUCCUGUUCUUGCAGAACAUGUUCCUUCUAAUGCCAGCGAUAGCGAAAGUAGCUACAGAGGACAAGAAGACUGUAUUCUCUCGUACGAACCCGUGACCAGGCAAGAAAUUAAUUACACCAGGCCGGUUAUUAUCCUUGGUCCAAUGAAAGAUCGGAUUAACGAUGACUUGAUAUCAGAAUUCCCAGACAAAUUCGGCUCCUGUGUACCGCAUACAACUCGGCCGAAGCGGGAUUAUGAAGUGGAUGGGAGAGAUUACCAUUUUGUCAUCUCUAGAGAGCAAAUGGAGAAGGACAUUCAAGAACACAAAUUCAUAGAAGCGGGACAGUAUAACGAUAACCUCUAUGGGACUAGUGUACAGUCUGUUCGGUUUGUGGCAGAAAGGGGGAAACACUGUAUACUCGACGUCUCGGGAAACGCCAUCAAGCGACUACAAGCGGCGCAGCUCUACCCCAUUGCUAUGUUCAUUAAGCCUAAAUCAUGGGAGCCAUUGAUGGAAAUGAAUAAACGGUUCACGGAAGAGCAAGCCAAGAAAACGUACGACAGAGCAAUGAAGUUAGAACAAGAAUUUGGAGAAUAUUUUACUGCUAUUGUCCAAGGAGAAACCUUAGAAGAGAUUUAUAACCAAUGCAAGCUCGUAAUUGAAGAACACUCUGGGCCAUUCAUCUGGAUCCCUUCCAAGGAAAAGCUAUAAAGCAGCCCAUUCAUUUCUGAUCAUAACGGAAGAGUAUUUAAAAGAAAGUUUAAUCCUAUCCUAUU